CUGCCGUUCUCUCCCCACCUCUGCCAGAAGUGCUGCCACCUACUGCCCCUGAGCUCCUGCCUCAGCUCCCCAGCUCCCUGGCCCCCACAGUGAUGGCGGCUGCUCAGAGCUUGCCUGUCCAGACCACUGCGCUCCUGCCACCUGCUAACCUGCCACUGCCCAGCGGGCCUGGGAUCACUGGUCCCUGCCCAGCCGUUCAGCUGACAGUGGAGCUGGCCCCGGAGGAGCAGGCCUCGCAGGACAAGCAGCCAAGCCUCCCUCAGAGCUGUGAGAGCUACGGAGGUUCCGACGUCACUUCUGGAAGAGAGAUGAGUGACAGCUGUGAAGGUGCAUUUGGUGGGGGGAAGCUGGAAGGCAAGGCCGCUCGGAAACAUCACCGCAGGUCCACGCGUGCACGCUCCCGCCAGGAGAGGGCCAGCCGGCCCCGGCUGACCAUCCUGAAUGUGUGCAACACGGGUGACAAGAUGGUGGAGUGCCAGCUGGAGACACACAACCACAAGAUGGUGACGUUCAAGUUCGACCUAGAUGGGGAUGCACCUGACGAGAUUGCUACCUGCAUGGUAGAGCACGACUUCAUCCUGCAGUCUGAGCGGGAGACAUUCAUUGAGCAGAUGAAGGACGUCAUGGACAAGGCAGAGGACAUGCUCAGUGAGGACACGGAUGUGGACCGUGGCUCUGACACUGGGGUGAGCCCGCCGCACCUCAGCACCUGUGGCCUGGGCUCUGGGGAGGAGAGUCGCCAACCCCAAGCGAAUGCCCCGGUGUGUCAGCAAAAUGUCCUUCACACUGGGAAGAGGUGGUUUAUCAUCUGUCCAGUGGCUGAGCAUCCAGCAGCAGAGGCCCCCGAAUCUUCACCCCCACUUCCUCUGAGCUCCCUGCAGCCAGACACCAGCCAAGAUCCAGUGUUCUGUAAAGACCAGCUGUCCUCGAAGGAAAAACCCAGCUUCUCGGCUAGUCUGCAGCUUUUGAGCCAAGCAGGCCCCAGGGACCCUCCUGGUGGUGCACCAUCCCCUUUGGUGCCAUCAUCCCCUCCCGUGACUGCUGUGCCCCAAGACAUGGCCCCACCAGCUGCCAGUCCUAAGCCAGAGCCAGCAACAGGGGCUGCCAUGCAGGCAGGGGUCCCAGGGACCCCUCAGGGGCCGGCCAGUGAGCAUAAGACCCCCUGGCUACUAGUGGAGACUCAUGAUGCCCAGCUUGCUGCACAGGCCCCUGGCACAGGCCGAGGGCCUUGUGCCCCAUCUCUGGAGGCCCCAUCCCACCCUACAGGUCUGGGGGAUCCUGGCUCAGCCAGAGAGCCCAGCACCAGGGGGGAGCCCCUGUUGCCUUUGGCCCCUGUGUCUGGUGCCCCUGGCGGGGCCCCUCAGCCCACCGUGGGCCAUCCCCUUCCUCCACUACCCUCUGUGGUGGGGGCCAUCAGCCUGGCCACUCCCCAACUUCCCAGCCCCCCACUGGCACCUACCGCCCCCCCUCAGCCGCCCUCAGCCUUGGAGUCAGAUGGGGAAGGGCCACCCCCAAGGGUGGGCUUCGUGGACAACACCAUCAAGAGCCUGGAUGAGAAGCUACGGACUCUGCUCUACCAGGAGCAUGUGCCCACCUCCUCAGCCUUGGCCGGGACCCCUGUGGAGCCAGGUGACAGAGACUUCACCCCGGAGCCCCCAAGAGGGGACGAACCCCGCACAGAGGCCUCUGGGGGUGACCUGGCCCUGCUGCCCCAGCCUGCAUUGGAAAAGUCAGAAGCAACCCUUGGGUUAGAUGUCACGUUGGAGCAGGCCACGUCCUUGCCAGUGACAGCAGAAUCGUCUUUGAGCAGCAUGCUGGGCUGUGAAGGAGGACAGGUGGCCUCAGAUUUGCCUGUAGUACCCAGUGUCCCCCAGGAUGCCCCUGCUUCUGCCAUCCCUGCACGUCUGGAGCCCACAGAUUGGACCAGCAGGGUCCCUGGGGAAACCUUGGCUGAGUCCACGCAGAGCUGCCCAGGGACAUUGACUCAGCGUGGCCAGGAGAGCCACCCCCAGACACACAGCACUCUGGUCUCGGGAUCCCCUCAGAAGUGGCCAGGGCAGCAGGAUGGCAGCUCGCCAGCCAAAACUGUGGGCCGGUUCUCAGUGGUCAGCACCCAGGAUGAGUGGACUCUGGCCUCCCCCAGUAGCCUGCGGUACUCAGCCCCACCUGACGUGUACCUGGACGAGGUCCCUUGCAGCCCAGACAUGAAGCUGGCUGUGCGGCGGGCACAGACGGCCUCCUCCAUCGAGGUCGGCAUGGGCGAGCCCAUGUCCAGUGACUCUGGGGACGAGUGCCCUCGAAGGAGGCCCCCCAUGCAGAAGCACACCUCCCUGCCUGGCAGCGGUGGUGGUGUGGCCAGUGACUUUGUGAAGAAGGCCACUGCCUUCCUGCACAGGUCCUCUCGGGCUGGCUCCCCAGGCCUGGAGACACCCAGCAGGAUGGGCAUGAAGGUCCCCACCAUCAGCGUGACCUCCUUCCACUCCCAGUCAUCCUACAUCAGCAGUGACAAUGACUCAGAGAUCGAGGAUGCUGAUAUCAGGAAGGAGUUGCAGAGUCUUCGAGAGAAGCAUCUGAAGGAGAUCUCGGAGCUACAGAGUCAGCAGAAACAGGAGAUCGAGGCCCUGUACCGCCGCCUAGGCAAGCCGCUGCCCCCCAACCUGGGUCUCUUCCAUACCGCACCUCCAGUCGGCCGCCGGAGAAAGACCAGCAAGAGCAAGCUGAAGGCGGGGAAGUUGCUAAAUCCCCUGGUGCAGCAGCUCAAGGUCGUGGCCUCCAGCACAGGUCACUUGUCAGACUGCAGCAGAGCCCCUCCUGCUAAGGACCCUGCCCAAGCUGGGGCAGGGCCCGCAGCAGCUUCAGACCCAUGUGGGAAGGCAGUUCAGACCCAGCAGCCUUGCUCCGUGCGGGCCUCCCUGACUGCAGACAUCUGCUCCGGCUUGGCCAGUGAUGGAGGCGGAGCGCAUGGCCCAGGCUGGACGGUUUACCACCCAACGUCUGAGAGAGUGACCUAUAAGUCUAGUAGCAAACCUCGCGCUCGAUUCCUCAGUGGACCCGUGUCUGUGUCCAUCUGGUCUGCCUUGAAGCGUCUCUGUCUAGGCAAAGAGCACAGCAGUCGGUCCUCCACCAGCAGCCUGGUCCCGGGCCCUGAACCGGGCCCCCAACCUGCCCUGCACAUCCAGGCGCAGGUGAACAACAGCAACAACAAGAAAGGCACCUUCACGGACGACCUGCACAAGUUGGUGGACGAGUGGACAAGCAAGACGGUUGGGCCCACACAGCUGAAGCCGUCACUCAACCAGUUGAAGCAGACGCAGAAGUUGCAUGACAUGGAGGCCAUGGCAGGCUGGCCCCCGGCCUCUGGCGAGGCACGGGCAAUGAACACGUCUCGAACAGCAGUGGGGAUGCCAUGUCUGGCCCCGGCACCCAGCCCUCUACCCACCGCGGUCAUUCCUGGAGCUGCCUCAGCCCAGCCUGUGCCCAUGCCAGAUUCUGAAAGUGAGAAGCCCGACUGAGCCCAGGCAGGCCGACCCAGACCCAGACGCCAGGCCCCGUGUCAUCUCAUGCAGAGAAGGCGAGCCCACACCUCGUGUCCAGUUCACGAUGUUUUGUAACCACUUUCUAAGCAUUUUUUAUUCACAAUUGGAAACACAAAUGUAAGCAAGAAUAAAAAAUAUUUUGGGGGA